AUGCCCAACCCUAAAGAAUCAUUCAGAACCCAAAUGAAAGGGUUCCCCUGGUCCCAAAUCUUUGUCAUCGCAUGUGUUCGAUUCGCUGAACCCAUCGCAUUCACUUCAUUGUUCCCAUAUGUCUAUUUCAUGGUUAAAGAUUUUGGAAUCUCACAGAAUGAAGCUGAAGUUUCAAAAUAUUCAGGUUAUUUAUCUUCAAUAUUUGCAUUUUGUCAAGUCCUCACAAGUUUCAACUGGGGGAAAUUCGCAGAUAAGAAUGGUCGUAAACCAACUUUAAUCAUUGGCUUGACAGGUUCGAUUGCAAGUUUGUUAUUAUUGGGUUUUGCUAAGAAUUAUUAUUAUGCCCUAGCGGCUAGAUCACUUAUGGGGUUAUUGAAUGGGAAUGUUGCAGUUAUUAGAACAAUGAUUGGUGAAGUCGCGACGGAGAGGAAACACCAAGCUUUGGCGUUCUCUACAAUGCCGUUAAUUUUCCAAAUUGGUUGUGUUGUGGGUCCUUUAAUUGGUGGGUUUUUAAGUGGUGAUUCCUCAAGGUUUAAAUUUUUGAAACCAUUAGUUAAGAAAUAUCCAUAUGCAUUACCAAAUUUGUUUGUUUCUGGGUUGCUAUUGGUUAGUAUGAUCACUGCAAUUUUCUUCCUUGAAGAGACUCAUUAUAAACAUAAAUAUAGAUAUGAUCCAUUUGUGGAGUUUGGUGAUGCUAUAAAGAGACAUGUCUUCAAGAUUGAACCAAAGAAAAGAGCAUGGCACAAGAAUCAAAUCAGAGAGACUCCCCCAUCACCUGCAGAGAUUGAUGAAGAGACUGCAUUAUUAGAUGAUGAAGGUGAUGAUGAACAAUCAAUUACAUCAGUAGGUCAUCUGUUGACAAGAAGGGAAAGUGUUGCAUUGAUAAGAACUUAUUCAUUACAUGAAGUGAAAGAUGAAGAUGAAAUCAACUAUAAAGAAUUAUUAACUCCACAUAUCUUUUAUGCAGUGGUUUGUAACUUCAUAAUGAGUUUACAUAUUGUGGUUCAUGAUGAGUUCUUACCAAUUUUCCUAGCUUAUGAUAUUGCUAAAUCUAAAACUGGUGAAUUGAUUUCCAAAUUCCCCUUCAAGAUAGUUGGUGGGUUAAAUUAUUCAUCUGAAGAUACUGGUCAAUUAUUAUCAUCAACAGGUAUACUUGGUGUUGUCUUUGUACUGUUCGUCUUCCCAUAUGUUGAUAGAAAUUAUGAUUGUUUAACAACUUAUAAAAACUUCAUCAAGAUUUUCCCAAUUGUUUAUUUCCUAGUCCCAUACCUUGUGCUUUUCGGUGAUUUUAAAACAUUGAGUAAAAUUGCAGCUUAUACUUUAACUUGUUUGAAAACUUUAGGUACUUCAAUUUCAUUCCCACAAAUUUUAUUAAUUGUUCAUAAUUCAUCACCUCCAAAACAUAGAGCAAUGAUUAAUGGUGCCACGAUAUCUGUUAGUGCAUUGGCAAGAUGUUCAGGCCCUUUAAUCUGGGGGUUUAUAAUGUCAUGGGGUCAAAAAUUUCAAAUUGCUUGGAUAGGUUGGUGGUUAUUAAGUUUAUUAGCAUUAUUGGCAAUUUAUCAAAGUAGAUACUUAAAAGAUUCAACAGAGGAGGAAGGGAUUGAAGAGGAAUAG